ACUCGGAAGCUGUUACGGAAAUUAUUGUCGUCUGCUAGCCUGACUUUGUCGGUACAAAUUGUUAUAGCUAAAAGCCUAUGAAUUGUAGGCAACUUCACAUUGACAAAAAAAGAACUGUGAUUGUAAUUCGACAAAUUAAAACAAAUUUAUUGUUGAACUCAGAAACGCCGAAACCUAGAUCCAAGUUUCCAAGUUAGUUUAUUCAACAAAUUCUCAGUUUGUAUGUCGUUUAAAAUAACGCUAUGGAGGAUUUAGUGUUCAGUUCGCAUUAAAUAUACAAAUGCUUUUAAUUUUCAUCGCAAAAAAAUACUUAAAAGAACUAAUUUUCGUGUGUUUCCGUAAAAUAUAGUCUGUCAGUAAUUGAGUUUCAAAGCAUCCUUGAGGAAUAUUGCGAUGAUUAAUUUCCAGAUACCUAUAUUAUUUUUUGCCGAACGAUCUGGAGACUUUUUUAUUGCCGCGGCGGUCCGGGUCCGAUACCCGACGCGGUCAUCUUUUUUUCUUCAUAUGGGAUUUUGUAAAAAUUUUGAAAAAAAAAAUCAUUUUCUAUUAUUCAUAAUAUGACCAAACUUUAAUUUGAAAGAUAGCCUUGAUGAACUGAUAAUUCUGCUUCUUUCCGAACCUCCUUUGUAUAUAUUUAUAAUUUACUAGCUUUGUAUCGGGAAAUAUGCACGAGUUCUCAGCGGAAGGAGCGCAAUAUGCUUCCGCUGAAGAACGAGUGCAUAUUUCCUGAUGCAAAGAUAAUAACCUUUUUAUUACAUACACAUCUACACGUAUAAAUAUAAUGCAAAUAUCAUACAUUUGUUCAAUAGCCUGAAUAGGAUUGACGAUACUGGACUUAAUAGAAAAAAAUAGUGCAAGAACAAACACUGAAUUACGUCACGCACCCGAUAUGAAAUUCAGGCGUCAGUGUAUGGAAAAAUAUUGACGUUUCCGGUACCAGUGGAACUAAACGGGGAAUAGAAACGAGUAUUCCAUAACAGCAACAUUCUGAAGAGUAACACACAUGGCAACCAUAGGCGAAGAUAUUCUAAUCUGUUCCAUAUGUAUGGACGUUUUUGAAAACCCCAAAAUGUUACCAUGCCAACACAGCUUUUGCAAUGACUGCCUCCUAUCUUUUAUUCAAAAGAAAAGAACAUGUGUUAUCGGACGAUUACAUUCAUUUCAUUGUCCUUUGUGCAGACAUGAAGUUUUGUUAGAAAAGAAAGAUGACGUUGACGUUUCGUUUCCAACAAAUUACCUGCUUAGCACUUUGUUAGAAACUCGAAGAGAAGAUAUCUACAAACCAUUCAUUAUGACCAAGAACAAGUCGUCUGAAAAACAUACACAAACAGUAACUAAAACAGAAAGGAAAAAGACUCGCACGCUUGGAACACAGAUCAAACGAUGUAAAACCGCUAAUAUAGCUGUACAAACAAAAGGCAAUGACAUUAAUUUACAGAACAGGUAUAUUCAAACUGAUGAAUCAAGGUUGACCAAAUCCAUUAACAAAGGAACACAGACCGUAGAACCAAUAAGCAGUAUAGAAGAAGACAUAUCAACAAAUCAAAAUGUUAUGAAACAAAGUACUACGAACGAAAAUGCUUCAAAUUUCAUAGGACAUACAUUACCUGAAGAACAAAUGAUGAGGCAAACAGGCCACUGUGUAUAUUUCAUUAUGAUCUUCACAUUUCUUCUUCUUACAGUGUUUGUGUUUCGUGAUCACGAUUUUUACACGAAUUACUUAAAAUAUGAGAUAGAACAGCUUAUUGAGAAAAUGAAACAACUCAAUAUAUCACUUAUAUCUAAUGGAUACUCCGGUUCAUUUUGGAGCAGUAACUAUGGCUCUGAUUUACCUAAUGGAAGUGAGCUCUCAUUCCUCGGAUUUGCCAUUAGCUUGUAUGUCUUGUUGCUGUUAGUUUUAGCACUGGUAACUGAAAAACUGCCGCUACGUCCAGUGAUUAAUGUUAGACGUUGGCUAAGGCUAGAAAGGAGACGUCAGUAUCGGCGUCGUUUAAAACGUUCGAUGGAGGGAUUAAAAUUCAAGCGUUAAUAUAAAUAUGUGUUUAACUAGUACAUUCAUUGAUAUUAUAAUGCAGCCGUGUACCUUGUUGCAGUUUUCUGAAUAUUUGUCUUAUGGCUUUUCAAAGUUUAGCCGAAUGAGUAAUGCUCAAAGACCUAAACAUAUUGUACUUUUCUAGCUGACGUACAGCACAGGCACAU